AUGCCUCUCAAGUCCACCCCUGAGAAGCCUGCAGCUGCGGCUCCUGGACUCGCUACGCCCGAGAUUUCGGCCAGCGACACUAAACUCCUUGGCCUGGCCUUCAUGUGCCUCAAGGACGCCCCCGUUAUUGAUCUCGAGAAAUUUGCCAAGCUCGGCAAUUACAAGAACAUCUCGAGCGCCAGCUCCACCUGGUCCCGCCUCAAGCGCCGAAUCGUGGACACCGGCAAGACCGCCUUCCCCGACGCCAGCCCCGGCCCCAGCACCCCCAGCGGCGCCUCUGCCGGGAACGGCGGCAGUGUCCCAGGCUCGGCCGAGACGCCUACGCGCCGCAAGCGCCCUGCCAACAAGGCCGACGCCGAGGACCACGAUGCCCACGACAAGGGCCCCAAGACGACCCCGGCCAAGAAGCAGAAGCGCAUGUCGGAAAAGGAUUUCCGCAAGCUCCUCAAGGCUGAGAACGACGAGGAUCUUGGCCCCAAGACCGAGUCGGCCAGUCAAGCCGAAGGCAAAGGCGUCAAGCCCGAGAUCUAA